UGAGCUCCAGCCAGAGCUUGGUUCGCAGCGCGGCGGCUGGGCCCUCUGGACGGUCGGACCGCCGCGGGAAUUCCGUAUCCACUCCCGCUGUCGCUGUCACGCCCUCGGAGAUGCCGCAGCACUCGAUGGGGGACAAGCACUUCGUCUCGAUGCCGCAGCUGGUCUUCCCUGGCCCCCCGUUGGCCACCAACAGCGAGUGUGACUGCACGCCCCCCAGCAGGCGGGCGUCCCUUGGCUCGCCCCUGAGCCAGCCGCUGUGCCAGCCGCGGCCCGAGAAGCGUGGGCCCCGGGCGGCCGGGGAGGUGCGCUACGUGGCGACAGGGCGGCCGGGCGAGGCCUGCGGCUGGCGGGCCUUCACGCCCACGUGCCUGCAGGCCUUCAACACACCCCGGGGCUUCCUGCUGUUCCUGUGCGCGGCCUCCUUCCUGCAGGGCAUGACAGUCAACGGCUUCAUCAACACGGUCAUCACAUCCAUCGAGCGGCGCUACGACCUGCACAGCUACCACAGUGGCCUCAUUGCCAGCUCCUACGACGUGGCCGCUUGCCUCUGCCUCACCUUCGUUGGCUACUUCGGAGGCCACGGCCACAAGCCUCGCUGGCUGGGCUGGGGCGUGCUGGUCAUGGGCGCUGGCUCGCUGGUCUUCUCACUGCCCCACUUCACCACCGGCCCCUACGAGGUGCAGGUGGACGAGGCCGUCGGAACAUGCCGGGCCAACCGCAGCGCGACCUGUGGGGGCCGCGCCUCUGGCCUAUCCAGCUACCAGCUGGUCUUCAUGCUGGGCCAGUUCCUGCACGGCAUGGGCGCCACCCCGCUCUACACGCUGGGCGUCACCUACCUGGACGAGAAUGUCAAGUCCAGCUACUCGCCUGUCUACAUCGCCAUCUUCUACACCGCGGCCAUCCUCGGCCCCGCAGCCGGCUACCUGGUCGGAGGUGCCCUGCUGAAUAUUUACACCGAAAUAGGCCACCGGACGGAGCUGACCACCGAGAGCCCGCUGUGGGUCGGCGCCUGGUGGGUGGGCUUCCUGGGCACUGGAGCUGCCGCCUUCCUCAUCGCCGUGCCCAUCCUUGGCUACCCGCGGCGGCUGCCAGGCUCCCAGCGCUACGUGGUCAUGAGAGCAUCUGAAACUCACCAGUUAAAGGACAGCAGCCACCGGGUGACCAGCAACCCUGACUUCGGGAAAACCAUUAGAGACCUGCCUCUCUCCAUCUGGCUCCUCCUGAAGAACCCCACGUUCAUCCUGCUCUGCCUGGCCGGGGCCACAGAGGCCACGCUCAUCGCUGGCAUGUCCACGUUUGGCCCCAAGUUCCUCGAGUCCCAGUUCAGCCUCAGUGCCUCGGAAGCUGCCACCUUGUUUGGGUACCUGGUGGUGCCGGCAGGUGGCGGAGGAACGUUCCUGGGCGGCUUCUUUGUGAACAACUGCAAGCUCCGAGGUUCAGGCGUCAUCAAGUUCUGCCUGCUCUGUACCCUGGUCAGCAUGCUGGCCUUCUUCGUCUUCUUCAUGCACUGCCCCAACGUGCCCAUGGCGGGCGUGACCGCCAGCUACAACGGGAGCCUCCUGCCCGAAGGCCACCUGGGGCUGACAGCUGCCUGCAACGCUGCCUGCGACUGCCAGCCAGAACACUACAGCCCCGUGUGUGGCCCCGACGGCCUCAUGUACUACUCGCCCUGCCACGCGGGGUGCCCGGAGGCGGCCUCGCCUGGCCCUGGUGGCCAGAAGGUGUACCGAGACUGUAGCUGUGUCCCUCAGAAUUUUUCCUCUGGUUUUGGCCAUGCUACCGCAGGGAAAUGCACUUCAACUUGUCAAAGAAAACCCCUCCUUCUGCUUUUCAUAUUCGUUGUAAUUAUCUUUACAUUCCUCAGCAGCAUUCCUGCACUAACGGCGACUUUACGGUGUGUCUGUGACCAGCAGCGAUCCUUUGCACUAGGAAUCCAGUGGAUCGUGGUUAGAACUCUAGGGGGCAUCCCAGGCCCCAUCGCCUUUGGCUGGGUGAUCGACAAGGCAUGCCUGCUCUGGCAGAACCAGUGCGGCCAGCAGGGCUCCUGCUUCGUGUACCAGAACUCGGCCAUGAGCCGGUACCUGCUUAUCGCAGGGCUGGCGUACAAGGUCCUGGGCUUCGUCUUCUUCACCACUGCCUGCUUCCUGUACAAGCCCCUGUCGGGGUCUUCAGACGGCCUGGAGGCUUCUCUGCCCAGCCAGUCCUCAGCCUCCGACAACCCCACGGACCUUCAGGAAGCCCCCUCAGCCCUCCAGAUCCAGAGCGACAUCUGACAGCCCACCCGCCUGCCCGGGGGCACGGGCCUGCCACGGCACUUCCCAGGAACACUAUCUAAUUUCUCCCCGGAAGGGAUGACCCCUCCCUGAUUGAUCCCCGGCACUGAGGACCCUGCAAAAAUGUGUCACUGGGUCCGGGGGGACUGAGCCCCAAAGGCACCAAGGAGAAGAAUGCGAGACGUCCGAGUGGACGCCCCUGCCCCAGCCCCCAGACCUCGCCAGAGAGAGUGGGGUGACCAGCUCUUGGCUCGGAAGGAGUGGCCCACUUCCCGGCCGGAUGCUGGGCUGCCUCCCUCUGGUCCGCUCACACUCUGGCCCUCUCCCACGGACUUAGCCAAAUAGCAUCCCCUGGGGCCUCAGGAUCCCUCGGAAACACGAACAGCUGUGCUUCUAAAGCAGCCUCUGGGAUUCCUGCGUAACUCCGUCAGUAGUUACAAAAAGUGUGAAGCCACCUGUGGACUCUGGGGCGACCCUUCUGGCAUCCCUUCAUCUCCUUUAAACGGCGGGUGUUUGGAGCUGGUGGCUACCCGGCGGUUUACAAGCUCUCUUCUCUCUGGAGACGUUAAGGCCGCUGAUGCUGGCGCUGUUGGGGCUGCUCCAUGGAAGGGACAAAGCACCCACCCCCGUGGGCGAGCUGGAGCUAGCGGUGCUUCUGCGCGGGUCCACACCAUCCUGCGCGCGGCCUGGCCCUGCCUUCCUGUGUUUCUCCUGAUGCAGAGGAGGCCGGUGGGCUGCCGUCCCCGGGGCACAUCCACGUGGACCCCUCUCCUGCGUGUGUUCUAAACCUGCUGUCACCUCCUGUCCUUGGGGCCGCACAGCCCUGCAGCAGGACGGGAGCAACUUGACCAAGGAUGUACUUAUGGACCCAUAUUUUACAUAAACACUUAUUUAUAGAAUUUGUUUUUUACCUGAUGGUGUGCUAAGCACUUGUGAAUUCUACCCGUUGGGCG